AAAGCAUCACCUCCACUAUUCAUUCAUGAAAUGCCUUAAAUCCGGUUAGAGAUUCCCAAGAAAUUAAAACCCCCCUAUUAAAUUCCCCAAUUCAAUGCACAACCUGAUGAGAUAGAGAUCAACGAUAGCCCCUGUUUAUGGAGUAAAAGUUACACCAGAUCAACAAAAAGAGAAAUCUAGAACACAAAACCCAAAUUGAAUUCCGGGUUUUGCAAUUCACCCAUCAAUCUCAAAUGGGUCGCCGCCCAAUCGACUCAAAUAUGGGUCGUUGGACCUCCAUGAGUCUCUUAAUGCUGGGUUUCUUAGCUUGCACUUUCGCCUAUUUAGUUAUUUCAAUUGUUCUUAAACCCAGAAAUUCAAUCACUGAUUAUGAUGGAUUGGCAAUGGAUGAGGGUGAUGGGGUUAGUUUGGAGAGAGAAAAUAGAGGUGGGUGUUGCCGAGGAAUCCCUAAUUUGGAGCUUUGGGGCACGGCCGUGAAAUGGGGGACAAAGCAUAAGUUUGAUUCUGAAGAGGAGUGCUGUAAAUCUUGUAAGGCUAUGUGUAGUGGUAAAGACGGGCCUUGUUUGUGCGAUACUUGGGUGUUUUGUGGCGAUCGUAGCGCUUGUGGACCGCAAUUCGGUGAGUGCUGGCUGAAGAAGCAGAAUGAUUCUUUGGUACCUCAGCGUCAAGAUGUGGGAAGCAGAGUAAUGUGGACUUCUGGGCUUAUAUUUGGCAAAGGAGAGGGUAUUAUCGGCUUGGAAACUGAGCAUGGUACGCUUCAUAUAAAACUCUACCCUGAUUCUGCCCCAUAUUCGGUGCAGUACAUUCUUGAGCUACUGACACUUCGCCAUUGUGCCGGCUGCCAAUUUUACCGAGCAGAAGGCCGAGGGGAUUCUUGGGAUAUAAAGGGCAGCCAUAUAAAAGAUGCAUCUUUUGGCCCUCCAUUUGCCUUGAUUCAAGGAACACUCGAAGCAGCAGGCACGUCUUUCCAGACAAUCCCUACUGAAGUUUGUCGAACCGUUAGAAGAGGUGCAGUUGCAUGGGUUGGUUCUGGUCCCGAGUUCUUCAUAAGCUUGGCUAACCAUGUAGAAUGGAAAAACUCUUAUACAGUUUUCGGUUCUGUCCUCCCAGAAGAUAUGGAAAUUGCAGAGAAAAUCGCUCAACUCCCGACAAAGCCGGAUAUUUGGAACAAUAUUAACGUUUCUGUCUUGGAAACCCCUAUUCCAAUCUUGAUUCAGAGAAUUAAAACAAAUCAUGCAUGAAGACCUUACACAUAGGUUAUAGUUUUUGACUUUUUGUUAGAGAUCUUUGAUCUUUCAAUACACAGUUUUUACUGGCAAAAUAGGUUUAUCUGUUUUUUCUUGUACACAAUCGAUACACAGUUUUUUUUUUUCUUCUUCUGAUUUUUCACUUCCAAUUGAAUUAGCAAAUGUUGGCUUGUUUCCUUUACAAAGAUGUUGGGUCUUAAUUUUAUAGAAGGUUCUUAGAGCAUCCAA